GCAUCCUCUGCGCGGUCGGGUCUCAUGAUGGAUGUCAGACCCUUCUACGAGAGGACUCUGACCGAGUCUGAGCUGCUAGAGCAGUUACCGAAUGAGCUCACUAGUCUCAUUCAGUCUGCUUCAGGAACUCAGCAGCUCCACGCGCUUGCGCAGGGCGCAUUAAACACACGACUGACGGAGACUGUAUUCCGCACUUACGAGCCUAUAGCUGUGGAUUUAGCGGCUAGAUGGAUCCGAAAAGAUUUUCAAGCCGAUCCGAUUCAAAUUUUGGCUGCAUUCGCCCGUAUUCUCCCUCUUGCGCCAUACCUCCGACCUUUCGCUGGACAGUAUGCUUUGUCCAAGAUCGGUCCUCUUUCAGCGCUCGCGGGAUCGAAGGAACUUACAUUACGACAACUAGAUCAAGAGAGUAUUCGGACAUUGUUACUUGCUCUAUUUCGACUCCUGUCAUUCGAUCUCGAAACAUUCUCAAAAGCCGUAUCGCCAAUCCAACUUCAAUCUCUAUUCCCACACGAAGAUCCAAUAACGAGGUAUCUUGCCAUUCGAUGCUUUGCCAUUUACAUGCAUGCGGCAGAUGCUGCCACUCAAAGCAUGCUGCGCAUAAACACCGGCGUUGAUCCUAUCGAGGGGGAAUGGGAGGGAACCACAAUUGACUAUCGCCUACUGGGCCUUUGGGAGGAGCGCAGAUGGGAAGCCCUCGACGAAGUCAUGCGAAGUCAAAGACUCUCACAGUCAGAUCAAGAUGAGGCGGCAAUCGUUGAGCGAUUGCGGGGUUCUUUCACCGGCCAAUCUGCUGAUGUAUGCGGCAUUUUGAUCCCACGAUUGAAAGAGGUAUCACCGGCUUCGUCGUCCAUAGUGAAAACUCCUAUCGCGACUGCCAAUUUGCGCCGAGUCGCUAAGUCACUUCUAGGGUAUAAGCCUAUUUUGUUAAUUGGCUUACCCAACUCUGGUAAAACGUCUUUGAUCAAUGAUAUCGCGGCUACCAUGGGUCAAGCGGAGUCGAUGGUCACACUACACCUCAACGAGCAAACGGAUGCCAAAAGCCUUCUUGGGAUGUACUCCACGUCUUCUAGCACAGGCUCAUUUUCGUGGCAGCCAGGUGUGUUGACGAAGGCAGCGAGGGAAGGCCGUUGGGUUUUGAUUGAAGAUCUUAACCGUGCGCCUUCUGAAGUUCUCGGUCUUAUUCUUCCGAUCAUCGAGCGAGGAGAAUUGACUAUCCCAAGCCGGCGAGAAAGAAUUAAAUGUGCUGAAGGUUUCAAGAUUAUCGCGACCAUGAAAUCUUCAUACAACAUUGCUGGUGAAGAGAUUGCUCCGAAUUCAUCAAUGCUUGGUAGCCGCUUAUGGGAAAGAGUUCAGAUAUCACCUCUUUCUGUUCAGGAGAUGCAGGAUGUCAUACUCCAAAAAUUCCCGUUGUUAGAAUCCCGCGUACCGACCAUUAUGGAUGUAUAUGAGAGAGUUUGCGCUGCAUUCCAUGGAAGCUUGGCUAUCAAAGGCUCUCAGGGUCGUACUCCAGGCUUCCGUGAUCUAAUUAAGCUCUGCAGUCGUCUUCACCGGAGGCUGCAACGCAUGGGUGCUAAAACUGGCUACGAAGCUACACCAGAAGGAGCCGACGAUGAAAUUUUUUUGGAUGUUGUGGAUAUUUUCUUGAAGUAUCUCCCAGAAAAGUCCAUGCAAGAUGCCCUGGCGGCGGUUGUAGCAGAGGCUCUCCAGAUUUCUCCUCAGCGAGCGCAGUUCUGUCUACAUGAGAGAGCUCCUUCUUACACAGACAAGACUAACAGUUUAGUUCUUGGCCGUGAAGUUUGCCAGAAAAUCAAAGUGCCAAGUAGCUCGGCCUUGAAGCUCGCUGCAGCCGCUUCGAAAUUCGCUUCCACAAGAUCUGCCCUAUCUCUCAUGGAACAGGUUGCUGCCUCCGUGCAGAUGGCAGAGCCGGUCCUUCUUCUCACCGUGGUCAACUUGUCGCAACAGAGUGAAAGCACUGAUUUAUUGGGAGGAUUCAAACCUGUCAGCAUUCGCACAAUGGCUGUGCCUAUGCUGGAUGAGUUCACUCAAUUGUUCGAGUUAACGUUCUCGGCGAAGAAAAACCAGAAGUUCUUAUCUUCAAUUUCAAGGAGCGCGGCUUCUGGAAACUGGCCACGCUUGGUCAAUCUCUGGCAUGAGGCUGUUAGACUGGCUAACGGCGUUUUCAACCCUCCACGUGAUAGCCCGAAGGAAAGCGAGAUUGGGGAUGAGCAGCCUUCUAAGAAACGCAAACUUGAUUCGCCCAAAUAUCAGCACCUACGCCAACGAUGGGAUGGUUUUCACACCCAACUUGCCGAGUUUGAAGCUCAAGUAUCUCAAGGUGAUGCCAAAUUUGCGUUUGCUUUCGUUCAAGGAAAGAUUGUCCGAGCACUGAGGAAUGGCGAGUGGGUUCUGUUGGAUGAAGUCAAUUUGGCUUCUCCUGAUACCCUUGAGAACAUUGCUAGUUUGUUGCAUCACGGAAGUGAGGGCUCACCAUCGGUUCUACUGUCUGAGGCUGGUGAUGUGGAACGAGUUUUUGGUCACUCAGAUUUCAGAAUCUUUGGUGCCAUGAACCCGGCUACUGAUGCUGGCAAGAGAGACCUUCCGCCUGGUUUACGGUCCCGUUUCACUGAGUUUUAUGUUCACUCUCCUGAUAGUGAUUUGAACGAUUUAUUGGCUUUGAUUCAGAAAUAUCUGGGAGACUUGAAUAUUCGGGAUCCUCGAGCUGCCCCAGACCUUGCACAACUCUACAUGGAAACCAAGAAACUCAGCAUCGAUAACAAGCUCACUGAUGGCGCCGGCCAACGACCACAUUUUAGCAUCCGUACACUUGUUCGUGCCCUUAUCUAUGUCAUCGACCACACUCAUGUAUAUGGACUACGUCGUGCUAUUUUCGAAGGAUUUAGCAUGAGCUUCUUGACGGUUUUGAGCCUGGAAUCCGAGAGGUCCCUGAUCCCGCUCCUUGAAGCACACAUCUUCAGCAGCGCCAAAAAUGCGAAGUCUCUGCUGGGCCAAACCCCUCAACCUCCUGUCGACGGCCACGAAUAUAUCCAAUUCAAGCACUAUUGGAUGCGACGUGGACCUCUGACUCCCGAAGAACAACCUCACUACAUCAUUACACCAUUCAUCGAAAAGAACCUGAAGAAUCUGGUCAGGGCCAGCUCGACUCGGCGUUUCCCAGUCUUGCUGCAAGGCCCGACAUCAGCUGGAAAGACGAGUAUGAUUGAAUAUCUGGCGAAGGUAUCUGGCAACAAGUUUGUUCGAAUCAACAACCAUGAGCACACCGAUCUCCAGGAGUACCUUGGUUCCUAUGUUUCCACCGAUGAUGGAACAUUGAAAUAUCAAGAGGGUGUUUUAGUUGAAGCCUUGAGAAGUGGUUACUGGAUCGUUCUUGAUGAGCUAAACCUUGCACCUUCCGAUGUUCUCGAGGCACUAAACCGACUUUUGGAUGAUAAUCGCGAGCUAUUCAUCCCAGAAACUCAAGAAGUCGUCCAUCCUCAUCCGAACUUCAUGCUAUUCGCUACGCAAAACCCUGCAGGUCUUUAUGGUGGCCGAAAGGUUCUGUCUCGCGCUUUCCGGAAUCGUUUCCUCGAAUUACAUUUCGAUGAUAUUCCGGAGAGUGAACUGGAGUACAUCUUGAAGGAGCGCUCCCAAAUUGCGCCUUCAUUCUGCACACGAAUUGUCGCAGUUUAUCGCAAGUUGUCCUUGCUGCGCCAGUCUAAUCGGCUUUUUGAGCAGAAGAACAGCUUUGCCACUCUUCGUGACUUGUUCCGAUGGGCUCUUCGCGAAGCAGAUGACCGUGAACAAUUAGCAAUUAAUGGAUUCAUGCUUCUUGCUGAACGUGUUCGCCUGGAUGAGGAUGUGCUGUACAGCACUAAACAGUUGGAAAAGAAUAUUCCAAGCAUGGGGGAGCUACCUACGGGAAUUGUCUGGACUAAGGCUAUGCGACGUCUCUUCAUUCUGGUCUCUGAAGCAAUUCGAAAUAAUGAGCCUGUCCUUCUCGUGGGAGAGACGGGAUGUGGUAAAACCCAGCUUUGCCAGGCGGUUGCGGAGGCUUUCCAAAGAGACCUAUUCAUCGUCAAUGCCCAUGUCAACCUGGAGACCGGGGAUCUUAUUGGUGCCCAAAGGCCAAUCCGCAAGAGAGCAGCCAUUGAGAAACAGCUGACCGAUGAUCUUCGAUUGCUCAUCAAUGGUGACCAGGGAUCACUUGCCCCUCUUGAACAGCUGAAGGAAGAAUUCCUCGCUCUCAGUCUGGAGGAGAGGCAAGCAAAAGACCAAGAUGUUGUGCGCAGGGUUGAGAGGAAUAUAGUGCGGGUUAACGCGCUGUUUGAGUGGUCUGAUGGAAGCCUUAUCACUGCUAUGAAGACGGGGCAUUUCUUCCUUCUUGACGAAAUUUCUCUAGCCGAUGACUCUGUGUUAGAAAGACUCAACAGUGUUUUGGAACCUCAUCGGACCAUUUUGCUGGCUGAGAAAGGACCUAUUGACAGUAUGGUUGUUGCCGAUGGAGGCUUCCAAUUUCUAUCAACAAUGAACCCUGGUGGUGACUAUGGUAAAAGAGAACUUUCCGCCGCUCUCCGAAAUCGAAUGACGGAAAUUUGGGCUCCUCAGCUCUCAGAUGACGAGGACAUCUUGCCAAUUCUCCAAGUGAGGCUGGACCUCAAAGACGAAAAAAUCGCGAGGGCAAUGCUCCAAUUUGCCAAAUGGUUCAAAUCUGUUUUCCAGAAUACCUCGACCACUUCCUUGUCUCUCCGCGAUCUUCUUGCUUGGGUUGACUUUGUCAAUACAUGCCAGAGUGCUGAUAUUCUCUUCGCAAUCAUUCAAGGCGCGGCCAUGGUAUUUGUAGAUACCCUGGGAGCUAACCCAGCGGCUAUGCUUGCCGUUUCUCUCAAUGAUCUUGAUGGAAAUAGGCAAAAAUGCUUGGACAAAUUGAGCGAACUUUUUGCUGUGAAUGCUUCUGACAUAUACUGGAAGGCGUCCAGUGUCAGUGUUGACUCUGGUUUUCUACGGGUGGGGCCUUUCUCUUUGCCUAUAGUUGGGGAGACCGAGCCUGACUCGCAAUUCACAAUGGACGCUCCGACAACUAUUGCAAACUCUGUCCGAAUUGCACGUGGACUGCAAUCGUCAAAGCCAAUUCUGAUGGAAGGUAGCCCUGGUGUUGGUAAAACUACUCUUGUCACAGCUCUCGCCAAGGCUCUCGGAAAACCUCUCACCAGAAUCAAUCUUUCGGAGCAAACGGACCUUACGGACUUAUUUGGGUCUGAUGUCCCAGUUGAAGGAGGCGAUGUUGGCCAAUUCACAUGGAGGGAUGCUCCAUUCCUUCGAGCAAUGCAGCGUGGCGACUGGGUGUUGUUGGAUGAAAUGAACCUUGCUUCACAGUCUGUUCUUGAGGGUCUUAAUUCGUGUCUAGAUCAUCGACAGCAAGUCUAUAUUGCCGAAUUGGAUCAGACGUUCAAAAGACACCCAAAUUUUGUUCUGUUUGCUGCACAGAAUCCUCAUCACCAAGGCGGUGGGAGAAAGGGACUUCCAGCCUCUUUCGUGAACCGAUUCACGGUCGUCUAUGCUGAUAGCUUGACUGAUGGUGAUUUGAAGAAAAUCUGCGCAAAGCUUUUCCCAGGCAGUCCUUCCAUCCAAACAGAGAGAGUGGUCGAUUUUAUCUCUAUGCUCAAUAUCGCUAUUGCAACAGAGCGUCGGUUAGGAGCUGUUGGUGGUCCGUGGGAAGUAAACUUGAGAGACAUUCAGCGAUGGCUUCAACUGGCCGACCGAGGAGAGUUGCAAAUCCCAACUAAGCACUUUCUGGAUGUUGUCAUCAGCCAUCGCUUCAGAAGUGAAGAAGACCGCCUUCUGGUCUCCCAGAUGUACGAUCGCGUCUUUACAGGCUCGGAAAGUGGUCGGAAGAGCUACUACCACAAUCUUACCCCCGACUAUUUCCAAGUUGGCCUUGGCAUCUUAAAGCGAGACCGUCUUCUUCAGCGCUCGGUCAAUCCCUCAAUGAAGAUUCUCCCUCGUGAUUUGCAUAUCCUUGAGUCACUGAUUUUUUGCAUCGACAAUUCCUGGCCUAGCAUCUUGGUGGGGAUGGCAGGGUGUGGCAAAACUACACUGAUUCGGAAGCUUGCAGCUCUUAAUGGCGCAACUCUGGAAGAGCUCGCCCUUAGCGCCGAUACAGAUACCAUGGAUCUGAUUGGCGGCUUCGAGCAAAUUGAUCACAGAAGAGAAGUCUCGUCUUUCAUUCAUGAUGUCCAUCUCUUUCUUCAAGAGCAAAUUAUCAAUUCUUUUGCAUUGGGCGAAGUAUCUGAUGCUGUUGGCUCAGCUCUUCAAAUAUGCCAGCACUUGAAGAGCACCAAUUGUUCUCUGGAAACAGUGAUUUCAUCCCUCUCUGAGCUUUGCGAAUCCUACUCAGAAGCAACUCUACGGGGGUUUCUCGAGCGGGGGCGAAGUCUUUGGAAGACUAUAAAAGAGUCUGACAAGAUGAAAGUUGGCUUCGAAUGGACGGAAGGCGUGUUGACCCGUGCUGUUCAAAAUGGCCACUGGGUGGUUCUUGACAACGCGAACCUCUGCAACCCAUCUGUUCUCGACCGAUUGAAUUCCCUUACAGAGCCGAAUGGCACUCUCAUUUUGAACGAACAACGAACUGAAGAUGGAUCAGCUCGAAUAAUCACUCCUCACCCCAACUUUCGCAUUUUCCUUACAAUGGAUCCUCGCCAUGGCGAGCUGUCUCGGGCUAUGCGGAACAGAUGUGUAGAGAUAUGUUUCAUGGCAAAUGAGUUUCAGCAAAUUCCAGCAACCCUUGGUCCUUCUUAUACAUCUGAAUCGGCUUUGUAUCGAUUGCGCCAUCUUCGCAAUGUUAUUCCUACUGCGGAAUCAAAUGUGUGCCAGGAGUCAUUUGACGUUUGCUUGGACCACCUUUCGCCCUCCGAUCUGUCGUAUCUACAGAAGUCUUCUAGCGUGUAUCUUGCCAAUGCUAUUGAUGCAGAGACAAAACAGAUUGCCAUUAGUGCUUUGGAGAGCUUCUCAUCCGUUCUCCACGAAAAAGCCAGUUGGAAAGCUCUGAAGGUCAUUGCGCAAGAUAUACCCAUGGCAGGAGUGUAUCUGAAUACCCAGGGUUCUUUCCAAGCCCUUCAUCCGCUAGUGAACGAGCCUUUGGUAUCUAUCGCAGGUACGCCUGAUUAUCAGUCAAAAUUUGUGGUUCUAGCAUACUUGGAAGAGUUCAAGCUUGCAAUCCAUCGACUUCGCCAACGAUUGAACCUGGCAAAUGAGUCUGGGAAAUUGCUCAAGCCUAGUCAGAUGUCGCGGCUUGAAAGAUCAUUGGCGUCUUCCCGCAUCCAGUCGCUCAUGAAAGACUCUACGCAGCCUGUUGGUCACUUCUUAUCUGAAUGUGGUCAAGCUCUCUAUGACUACAUCCAAAAUCUUGAUGAGCAGAGCCUUCAAGCUCCCGAAAUCGUUGCAGCGCUGCGUAUUGUCAUUAACUUAUGCUGGGACAUGUAUCGGGUGACGAAUGUCAGCCAAAUUGACGAGGGAGAGUUCCAGGUCUACUUGCAAAUCGGAAAGAAUGUUUGCGCAUCCCUGCUCGGUAAUUCACAUGCGUUGCAGCCAUUAGAGACUGCUCUUUCUCGUGCUCUUGCUCGUUUCCAGGCCGGUUGGGCUUUGACAAAUGGAUUGAGCAUGCAAAGAAUGUGGGAUCUGUGGCGACAUGUUACACCUUCUUCACGAGAUCAGUUGUCCUCGUUAAUUGAAUUGGAGAAGACUACAUCUCAAUUCACUUCCCUCGCGCUACAGACCCGCGUCAAUCUCACCGAACUCAGUGGCGUGUGGGAGUCUUUGAUGAAUGCACAGCGCUUCAUUCUUCUGGAUGGUGCCAAUGGAGAUACGCUUGUCCAAGGACUAAAGCAGACAGUUGCUGAGCUUGGCCAGGCCGUCCGACGCUCCGAAACUGAGCUUUCUCCCUACUUCUCCGAGGAAUUUGAGGCUCUUUGUCAAUAUGGCGAUAUAUCUUUCCCCGAUAAUGGACAAGCAAGCCAAACUGUUGUAUCUUUACUUGCGGGCCGCCCAGCCCGUCCUCUUGAUUCAUCGGCUUCCAAGAACCCCGUUCCAGAGAUUCUUCAUAGGAUCUCACUGUUUUCUGGAGCUGGUGACAUUUCCGGUUCUCCUUUGGCCAUCAGUGGCGUUUUCUCUCUAUCCAUGCUGGAUAAAUUAACGUCUGUCAGCAACACAACGCUGGCCCAAAUGGACAUGCUGCAAGCAGAGAAACAGGCUAUGUCCAAGGCAAUCUCGCUGAACAGUCGACAAAUUGCAGAAGACCAGGCAAACAAGCUCAGAGGGGUCCUUAUCGCUUUGACAGCAGAAUUGAUCUCUUGUCACCAAGAGUUCUUUGCUUCCGGAUCUCUCGAUCAACUGCUUGUGAUAUUGCAGAAAUCUAAUGCUGAUCAGAGCGUGCCUGAUAUCGAAGUCCGCCUGGAUUCUCGGCAUUUCCAACGCCUUGACGAAAUCAAUGCCAAGUCAAAUGCUCUUCUUUCUUUCGAAUCUUCCUUUACUGGUCAGCCAUCCAAUUUACGACACGCUCUCCUACAGAAGCAAAUUCAAGAACUCGGCUCUGCUCCUCCUCCAUCCUCUGUCACACGACCAGAGAGUUCUGAGCUGAACUUGCUGCAGGGCGAAUUUUCGAAUGUGAUCAAUUCUGUUAUCCACCGCAACCCUGAACAAAUGAUCAGCUCUCCCGAGAAUGCAGCUAAAUCCGAGGAGACGAUUCGACUGAUGCGUGACAAUAUCAGGCAGCUGACCAGUCGUCUUACUGCCCAUUACAAGUCCUACCAUGACAUAACCGUGCCUAUCGUUCGAUUUCUUCAACUUCUUGACAUUGGUCUCUUUUUGGGAUCAAGAGGGAACGAUACCAAGGAGGAACUCAAGGAUAUUCAGCUAUUAAGCCAAAAUACUCCUUUCUUGGGUGGAUCUACCCACCCUGUGUCUGAAAGCCAGUCCUUCCGAAGCUUGAGCUCGAACAACGCCAUUGAACUCCGUCUCCACGAACUCAGUGCACUCUGGACAGCGAAGAAUGCGGACCCGAAGAUACUCAACAUCAAAUCUGGCCGUCAUACCAUUCGCCGGAUCUUUGCAGAUUUCCAUCAUCUUUGGAAAACCAAGUUACAAGAAGACCAGCAAAAACAAGCCGAAAAAUCAGAGUUGUACCGUUACAAAGGCUCAUGGGAAGACGAGGAAGAAGUCAAUGAAGCCGAGCUUCACGAGCUAUUUCCGACUUAUGAUGAAGGGAGCCUCCCUAACCCAGAAGACGUUGGACGAGUUGAUCCAAGAAUCAUUGCUGUCCGCCUGGCCUCCCUUCAUGCCAAGAUCGUGAGAAGGGAGUCUGACGGCGAAGCAUUGUCGAACUUGGUUAAGCAGUCCAGUCGUCUGCUUGGUUCCAUGUGGUCGAGAAGCAAGGAUGAUUACUCCCCCGUCGCGCCCCAAGAUCUCCUGCCUGGCGCUUUCCUGCUCCUUGAUGACGUUAAUAGAGAGGGGUCAUUGCAACAACCGAAGAACUACAAUUUCUACACCGAUUCUAAUUUAGGAGAGGCAAGGAAAUUGGUCAAUCUCGCCCUUUCCGUCCAGGCUCGCUUUGUUCAGAUUCAAAUUGCUUGGCCAGAACAUGCUGUGUUGGCAGAUGUUAUUAACUGCUGCUCCGAAAUUCUACAAUUUAAGCAUACCGAGCCAGUCGCCAAAUUCUUGACCAAGGUGGAAAAGCUGCAUUCUUUCAUCCACGAAUGGCAACUCGUUGCAAGCAGAGAAUAUUCGGCGGUCGCUCUGUUCGAUGAAAUCACAAGCAUGCUCAUUGGAUGGCGACGUCUUGAGUUGUCAACAUGGGCCAAGCUUUUGGAUCUUGAAAAGGACCGAUGCGAGGAAGAUGUUAGUGCAUGGUGGUUCGUCGCUUACGAGGCCCUUUUUGCCGUUCCCCUUCAGAUGGCUGAAGAUGGUGAAAAGGAUAUGAGGGAGCAUAUUGAAGGAGUCAUCGCAACCUUGGAGCAGUUCUUCAUCUCUACAACGAUGGGUCAAUUUGCUCGUCGUCUUGAGCUUGUGACGGAUUUCCAGUCACUUCUUUCUAUCUUCGUGGAAGAUUUCACUAUCCUGAAGCCUCUCAUUUCUGCCCUCCAGAAUUUCGUCUCUCAUUAUCGACCUUUCGAGCCACUUGUCAACAAGGCCCUGCAAGACAAGCGAUCUGCGCUCGAAAAGGACAUUAAAGAGCAGAUUCAAUUGGCCAGUUGGAAGGACACGAGCAUUGUCGCGUUGAAGGAGAGUGCUAGGCGAUCUCAUGUCAAACUGUUCAAGCUUGUACGGAAGUACCGCGCUGUCCUCUCUCAGCCGGUUCAGCCUGUGCUUGAACAGGGACUCUCUGAAGUCUCUUGUGAACAAGUGACUGCCAAUGAAGAGAACCAGGCUUUACCCAUCACCGUGAUUCCCGAGGCAUUAGAGCUCUGCCAGAAGAGUACGAAAAUAUGGACCUCAAGAGCACUCAGAUUCCAAAAAUCAGAUGGGACGGCCCAAAACAUGAUGAAAAUGUAUUCAUCUAUGCCAUCUGAGUUCGACAUUGCCGAGGAACUCGGGGCUUUUACUACUUCUGUCAUUGAAGGCAUCAAUGAAUUCAAGUCUUCAACUCCCAAGACACUGACAGAAGAGAACAAGGAUGAUGUUCAACAUCUCAAGGUCCAAAAGCGUCGCCUCUACGCGGAUACUCUGAAACAACUUUUUGAAAUGGGUGUCAAGCGGAAUGCUGGAACUCAUCUUAUUGAGACCCAGGCUUCCGUUGCUCAAGUUCUUGCUACAAGUGCUGCUUUCGAAAGCGACCGAGAAACUUCAGCUUCACUUCGCAGUGCAGACUCGUACUUCCAUCGUCUACUGGAUCUUUUACCUCGCGCUCGUUUAGCUUCACGAAACUACUCCGAAGAGUUGAGCAAUGUUGAGGUCUCGCGAAGCAUGGGCUCCAUUGAGCAUUUCUUAUACAUGAUUCGACGACAGAGAGGUGUGCUUGCGCCUUCUUUACUUGGAAUUGACAAGUUACAUACUGUUCUUGAGAAGAUGCAGAAUCUCUGGACAGUCAGUGCUCGCUCUCUCGCUAAGACGAACACCGGUCAUGUAGAGGAUUUAGCAGCUCUCUCUCGCACCGUCGCUUGGCUAAUCUUAGCGCGAGGAGGGCAGCUUUCGGUGAACUUCACAUCUCGCUUCAGUCCCUUCCCCUCUCUCCCCACUGGUGUCACUUCUCAGAUGGAGCAGAAAUUGUUAGAGAAGACGAAGUCAUCACUUGACCAAUUCAAGGAUUCUUUGGUCCAAUGGACUCAGCAGCGUCCAGACUUGUCCUUUGCCUUGAAUCAGAUCUCACCAUGGAUCCGAACUUAUGGAUCCUCCCAGACAGAACUCUCUAAGGGAUCCAGUAUCUCACUCCAAGAUUUCGAUAGCAAGCUUUUGGCCUCUAUAACAAAGAUGCUGGUAGGAUUUCAACAACUCAAGGACGUACCUUCCUCAAUCGACUUCUCUGGCCUGCUUUCGCGAAGCGAUGAAUUUUUCUCUCGGGCAUCCAAAUCUCUCCAUGUCGAAGAGAUUACCUUGUCUCUUAACUCAGUCCUUGACCAGUUGAAGAACAUUCAUGACAAGUCAUCAGAUGCACUUCCAUCUGCGGCUGCUUUAGUCGCCAGUGUUCUGCCUAUUGCCAACCAAUAUCACCGUAUCUGCAAGGAUCUAUCCGCGCGUUUUGUCACUGUGCAUCGUGAGGUCUGCAAGACCUCUUAUGUCUUGACUAAGUCAUUUACUCAGAUUGCCGCUGAAGGUCUUUGCAGCCCGGCUGAAGCUUCCCAGGAAGAGGGCAAAGAAGGCAAAAUGGAAAGUGGCACUGGCCUUGGCGAUGGCGAAGGUGCAGAAGACAUUAGCAAAGAUGUCGGGGACGACGAAGAUCUCUCAGAACUCGCUCAGCAGCAACAGGAGAAAGAAGGUAAUGCUGAUGACAUGGAUGACUCUGCUGAUGCUGUUAAUAUGGAUCAAGAAGAUUUGAUGGGCGAGACUAGCGAGCAUAAGGAAGACGAGGGCGAGGAGGAAGACAAAGAUGAGAAUGAGGAAGACAAUGACGACAUUGAUGAAGAAACAGGCAGUGUUGAUGGCCUGGAUGAAGGCGCAGUCGACGAAAAGCUCUGGGAUGGCGCCAACGAUGAACAGCAGAAAGAGACCGAGAACGAGGAAGGAAAGGGUCAAAACGAAGCUGAUGAACAGACAGCGGGCCAAGAGCAGCAGAAAAAGGAGUCCGACGAAGGCCAAAAAGGAGAAGAAGAGGAUAAUGAAGAGGAUGAAGAAGAGGAGGAAGAUCCAGAUGAGGAGGGCGAGGCAAUUGGUCGAGAAGAUAUGGAUGUGACUGAUCCUCAAGCAAAAGAAGAAGAAACAUUGGAUCUCCCUGAGGAAAUGCAACUAGACGGCGACGACAAGGAAGGAGGAGACGAUGAAGGCGACGAUGAUGACAUGGAUGAUAUGUCUGACAUGGGGCCCCUCCCCGAAGAGGAAAAGGGCGACGAGCAGAAUGACCAACCUGGUGAAGAUGAUCCUGAUAUGGCCCCAGAUGAACAAGCCCCUGGUGAGGGCGAAGAAAUGGGCGAUGAAGACGUCAAUGAGGCUCAAGCUGAAGAGGAAGAGAACGAGGCUGGCGGAGAAGACUCUGAGGAGCCCGCGCAAGACGAGUUCCUUCCUCAACGUGACGAGAAUGAACCUGCUGGCGACGAUGUUGCUCCAAGUGAAGCAGUCACCGGAGGACUAGGAGCCGAACAAGACCAGAACGAAGACAAAGGAGCUUCCGGGGAUGCUCAACAGGAGAGCGGGUCGAAUGAUCCGACCGCCAGCGCCGAGGAUCAAACAGGAGUAGCCAAGGAUAGUGAAGAAAGCAAGCGCAGUCGCGACGCUGGUGGUGCUGAAGACACCGCUCCCAAUGAUCCGCAGAUUCAAGCAUUCAAAAAGCUUGGUGACAUCCUUGAGCAAUGGCACCGUCGUCAAAAAGAAGUGCUCAAUCCCUCUCAAGAAGAAGACGGAGACUCGAAUCCUCUGCCUCAGGACACCGAUAUGGCAGAUGCUGAUUUCGAGCAUCUUAAGGAUGACGAUGACCAAGCCGAUACGCAGGCUCUCGGACAAGCCAAUGAAGAUCAAACCCAGGCCCUCGAUCAGAAUAAGGGUGUCGACUCCGACAUCAAGCCUGGAGAAAACGAUGUGCUCCCUGAUGCAUCGGAAGAACAAGAUGCCGUCGACGACCAACUUCACGACGAGAUGCAAAUUGACCGCGAGAGAGUUCCUAAUGAGGGUCAGUCAUCUGGAGCUUUCAUCCCCGGCGACCGAACUUCUCGAGACCCUGUGGAUAGCGCACCAGGUGCAGAAGAAGCGAAUGAGGAGCUAGACGAAGUCGACACUCAGCUCGCAGCGAUCCACCUGUCUUCUUCGCUUCCACCCUUGACUCCGGAGACGGAAGCACGCCGCCUCUGGUCACACUACGAAUCGACUACCAACGACCUCUCGCUCUCUCUCACCGAGCAACUACGUCUGAUUCUCGCACCAACCCUUGCAACCAAACUUCGUGGUGAUUUCCGGACAGGAAAGCGGCUCAAUAUUAAGCGUAUCAUCCCUUAUAUUGCAUCCCAGUAUAAGCGUGACAAGAUUUGGAUGCGUCGUUCCAUUCCAUCAAAGCGAAACUACCAAAUCAUGCUCGCCGUUGACGACAGCAAAUCUAUGCUUGAGAGCGGAAGUGGCCAGCUUGCAUUCGAGACCCUUGCCUUGGUAGCGAAGAGUUUGAGCAUGCUUGAAGUAGGUGAUCUCUGUGUGCUCGGAUUUGGAGACGAAGACCAUGUCCGCGUUGCACAUGAGUUUGGCAAGCCUUUCUCCUCCGAGGCAGGUAUGCAGGUUUUCCAGCACUUCAGCUACAAGCAAACUGGCACAAAUGUGCGAAAACUUAUCGCGGACUCCAUCGCCUUAUUCCGAGAGGCACGUUGGAAGAAAUCACCUGGUUCUGGCUCCGCGGAUCUUUGGCAGCUUGAGCUGAUCAUCUCUGAUGGUAUUUGCGAAGAUCAUGAGGCCAUUCGUCGUCUGGUGCGCCAGGCUCUCGAGGAACGCAUCAUGAUUGUCUUCAUCAUUGUCGAUGCAGUCAAGGGAAGCUCUAUUUUGGACUUAUCGCAGGCUAGCUUCGAAGCGGACCCCGAUUCUGGUGGUGAGAUGAAGUUGCGGAUGAAGCGAUAUCUCGAGGGUUUCCCCUUCCCCUACUAUUUGGUUGUUCGAGAUGUCCGCGAGUUGCCUGCGGUAUUGGCCACAGCUCUCAAACAGUGGUUUGCUGAGGUUGUGGAUGUAUCUUCAUAA